GGGUGAGUCACAAAGUUGUUUGGGUUAUCACAGACAGGUAACAUUUAACAGUUAUUUUACCAAAAUGACACUUAAAUUGCCUCAGAAUGUUAGAUGAGAUACAUUUUCAUAAUAAUGGCUGAGGGAUCCAGUUCAGAAGUUCGGAAAAAUACGUUGCCGGUUCGUGGAAAAGUGCAACAAGAGAAUGGUUUACACACAAAGCUGCGACAGGAAUGGGCGGUACAUGAAGAUGGGGCUUUUGCCUAUCAGCUGCAAAAUGAAGAAAUUGACCGUCACUAUGGUAUGAAUCGGUUUAAUCGGCGAACAGUGCGUGAAGACAUACCGAUUGCCAAGAUCGUACAGACAGAUGAGGAAAUUCGCGAACAGAAUGAACGUUUCGAGCAGCUGCAGGUGCUCAGAGCACAGGCAGAGGAGGAUGCGAGAGUGGCCAAGCAGAUGUUGGAACAAGAUCAGUUACAGACGGAGGCCCACCGUAUGGCCAUAGAGCUAACUGACGAGGAAUUUGCGAAGAGUAUUCAAGAGAAAGAAAAGCUGAAGUAUGAGCGACAUCUGGAGAAAAAACGGCUAAAGAACUUGAAGAAAGAGCGGGAACAGAUUGAACGCACCCAGCAACAGAGAACUGAGGAAGCUGGGCUUCAUUUAAGACAGACUUCAGGCAGUACAGAAGGCCUUGAGGACAGCUUCCAAGACCUUGACCUUGAGGGUCAAACUACGAGGUAUACGUACAGAGUAACUCCAGGCGGCGCCAUAGAAGAUGACGGUGAUUUUUCCGACUUCUACUGCCUACCUGAGAAUGUUGACCCCCUCCACAGACAGGCAGUCCAGGAGGCACAAGACGAGGAAUUAGCUCGUCUGCUCCAGGAACAAGAGCACAAGAGAACAAAGGCAGAGGUUGACAAAUCUAAGCUUCGAGAAAUAGAAGAACAAGACAAGAGACUGGCGGAGAUCAUGCAGGAACAGGAGAAGAUAAGGCUCAAGAAGGCGAAACAGAAGUGGAAACAGGAGCAAGAGGCUAAACGUGCUCGGGAGGCAGCGCAAAGACCGCCACCACUCCCUAAACGUCCUUCAGAACACAAUCACCACAGAUAUCGACGUAACAGUUUCAUACAGUCCAUGGAAAAUGGCCCCACGCCUGGUGACGAUGAUUUUCCCAGCCCCGAUUCUUCCGAGGACUAUAUCCCACACAUGACCACAGGUGCUGAACAAAGGCUGCAAGCGUCACAUAGAUCUGAUCAAGCUUUGCAAGGAUCGGAGCGCGCAUCUCAAAGACCCAGUGAUAUUAGUAUGAACAAUUCAUCACAUGCUGCAGUUUCAAAUUCAAAUACUCGAGAGAUUCGCCAGAAUCAGCAAAAUGUAAACAAAGUGAGAAACAAUAUAACCUCGUCGAAAAAAAAUAGUGAUUUUAACCCUCGUGUUCUUCCAUCGCAAGACCGACCGGAUGUAGAGCGAUGGUUGGCAUCACAACCUCCAGACGCUGCGCGACAAAGAUUAAGGUCUGAUGAGAGUGAACAUCUGCCUGAUUCCCCGUCACCUCCUGGCAGUUAUCAUAGUGAAGAUGCGUUCCCCUAUCAUGGCCAAGGUCGUUCACAUCACCACAACGCCAGUGUUGACAAUGGUUCACACUAUGCAGUUAGCGACCCUUUCAACUUCAAUAUCGCAGCGGCCAUUGAUCCAACAUACACAAGGCGAACGGAUGGGUCAACUGAGAGAAAACAGCCUAUGCAGCAGCAGCAGCAGCAACAACAACAUCAACAACAACAAAAGCAACCACCACAGCAGCAUCGUGCACCGGUGCAACUGCAGGAUCGGACUAUGGGUACAGUAUCGUCACGAGAUGACAGUUUCCAUGACAAUGGAGUGGUGAGCCCGUUCAUGCCCGUGCAAGGCCAGAAAAGGGUCGGGGGUGAGAGGACACGCAAGUCCCAGGGGUCAAAGGACAAAGAAAAGUGUAAACAACAGUAGUGAAAAUGACAGUAGUGUAGACAAUGAGAAUGUGUAUUAAAAGCCACUUUGUACACAACAAAAUAGUGAAAAAAUUGGUGCAAUGAAAAUAUCACUGUUGUAAAGUUGGAAAUACUCAGCCACGCGAAUCACAGAGAAAUGAUUGACAAGACUUAUUGUUAAAAACUGGACAUCAUUCGAAGUAGUGAAUUUGUCUUAGCCUUGGUGUUAUUGUCAACAUCAGGAUCGCUGGCACGCAAAAACUAACCUUGGCCAGUAUUCAGAAAGUAUUAAUAUUCAAAAUAUUCUAUUUAGUUAGGCUUUUUCAUAGUUUGAAAAAAUUACUAACUUGACCAAUACUUAGAAAUUGUUAAUCUCAUAAAAAAUUGUUCACACAUUACCCGUUAUAAUUUACACCUGUAUAGCAGGGCCCAUAACUCAGCUAGGAUUUAAUUAUUGUCAAGUUCUGUCCCUUGUCUGGUUUGAAACAAAAACAGAUGAGACUUUGUGUUUGGCACUCUUGUUAUGAUAUUAUAAUUAUUUGGAAACAUAGUUGAUCCUAUUUGAGUGUUUAAUUCUAACACAUAUUUGUAACAAUAGGUAUGUUUACUGAUAAAAUGCUCAUUGGCAUAAGGAUAUAUCUAUUAUACUUUUGAUUAGUUCAUACUUAUUCAUUUUAGCUUGCUUGUGAAGACAGCUGGAAGCUUAUGUUAGAGUUUUAUUCUGGUUUACAAAAGGACAGGUUGCUGCAAAAGAGAAACUGAUUGUUAAGGGCACAUUGUAGCGGGCUGUUUUUGAACAUUAUGAAUUUGACAGAAAAUGGUAGGAAUUGUGUUUAAUCAAACUAAUAUUAGGUUUCAUUGCCAAGUAUGUAAAAUUUGUAUAUAUUUAUAAUUAUAUUCUAAGUUUUAAUCAAAACAAAAUCAUUUAUUGACAGUCUUAAGCAGUUAAUUUAAUGAAGACUGCUGGGUGCACAUGCUGGUCUUCAUGACGACUGCUAAAGGGUUCUACCAAAAUUAUACAGUGUGCAGCAACCUUCCAUAACUCUUUAGCUAUAACCCUGUUGUAAGACUCUCCCUAGAAUCUGUUUUCUAGUUAGAAACCAGUAAUGGUGUCCUUGUGAGAGGCCUAAGAAGGUUCCCAUGGUGGGGUUUCAUUUCUUUUUGUUCAGAUUUUUCAGGUGAAAUAUCCAUGUCAUUGCUCAUGUCAUUUGCUUCAAGAAACUGUUACGGUAGUCAUGGUGUUUAGGGUGAACAGGAUUUAAUGUUAAUCUUUCAUGUUAAAUUAUGCAACUGUGUUGUAAGUUAAGAUGUAAUAUGGGCGAAUAUUGCAAAGGUUUAAUGUUAAAAUUUCAUGUUAAAUUAUGCAACUGUGUUGCAAGUGAAGAUAUAACAUUGCCAAACAGUGAAAAGAUUUAAUGUUAAUAUUUCAUAUUAAAUUAUGCAACAGUGUUGCAAGUGAGGAUGUAACAUUGGCAAACAUUGAAAAAUGUUUAAUGUUAAUAUUUUAUGUUAUAUUGUGGAUCUGACUUCCAUGUUGGUCAUUGAAGCUGUAACAUUGGCAAAAAAAUAACUAUGUUAUAUUGCAUGUUAAAUUAUGCAACUGUUUAGGUCAGUGAAUAUGUUACUUUUGCAAUUAUUGCUAACAAAAACUUUAUACUUAAAUCUUUUAUGUUCUAUUUUCAAUGUACUAACUUUCUUUCACAAAUGCAUCUAUGUCUACAUGAGUUCAAUUUUAGUGUGUUUUUUCAAUGUGAUAUAUAAAGGGUUGUUAAUGUUUAAAAUAGAGUUACAGUAUAUUUUUUUAGGUUAUUUCUACAUUUAAGUGUGAAUAAUUUGUGCACAAUUUGCCGGUCUAAUCAACCAUUGUAGAAAUUGUUAUAACUUAUACUAUCUGGAUAAUAACCUGGGUUUCCAUGCAAUGAAAUUGCCUAUCCCCCUCCAAUAAGUACCACACUUAGAAAAUGAAGUCAUAAGAAAACAGUCUUAUGUCAUGAUAAGUUAUCAAAACAUUGUUAAUUAAGAAGGGUCUUUUAUUUUAAAAGAAGCAAGUUUGCUGUAACAGUUUUUAGCUCGACUAUUCGAAUAUAAGGUGGGCUAUACUACUCGCCCCAGCGUCGGCGUCCGGUUAAAGUUUUAGGGCAAGUUGGGAUUUUCACUUAUAAGUCCAAUACCCUACUUUCAAUUGACUUAAUACUUCACGCAGUUGUUCAGGGCCAUCACAUGAUGAGGUUAGAUAACUCCAUGUUAUUCUUUACACGGAUUAUGGCCCCUGAUUGACUAUGGAACUUGGGUUAAAGUUUUGGGGCAGGUUGGAAUAUUUCUUAAUAACUUAUAUAUCCUUUGUUCAAUUGACUUAAUACUUCACACAGUUGUUCAGGACCAUCACACAAUGAGGUUACAUAACUCCAUAUUAUCCUAAAUACAAGUUAUGGCCCCUGAUUGACUUAGUUUAAAGUUUUAGAGCAGGUUAAAGUUUUAGGACAAGUUGGGAUUUUCACUUAAAACUCCAUUACCAUUCAUUCAAUUGACUUUAUACUUCACACAGAUGUUCAGAGCCAUCAUAAAAUGAGGUUAGAUAACUCCAUAUUAUCUUUUAUACAAAUUAUGGCCCCUGAUUGACUAUGGAACUUAGGUUAAAGUUUUAGGGCAGGGUGGGAUAUUGUUUAAUAACUUCUAUACCCUUCAUUCAAUUGACUUACUUCACACAAUUGUUCAGGACCAUCACCCAAUGAGGUUACAUAACUCCAUAUCCUUAAUACAAGUUAUGGCCCCUGAUUGACUAAGGUUAAAGUUUUAGGCAGGUAAAAGUUUAGGGCAAGUUGGGAUUUUAAUAAAAAAACUUCUAUACCGUUCAUUUAAUGCACUUAAUAAAAUUCAAAAUUAUUUACGACUAUCUUACAACAAGAAACGUAACUUCGUUUUAAGCCAAAAUACAAAUUAUGGCCUCUUUUUUAUUUAUUUUUUAAUUUCCUUUGAAAGGCAUAUUUGUAUAUUCUUAACCACAUUUUUAUAAUGGGAAAUUAAGUUAUUUGAAUGACUUGCGUCAUUGUUUGGGCAGGCUGGUGGGAGAGCAGCAUCAAAGUCACCUUAUGUAUCAAAUAAUUUUAGUUAGGUUUGACAUAAAGAGACCAAACUUGGUAUUAUUACAUCGUUUUUGUAUUCUAAGUCAAAGCGGCGUAGUCGAGCGCGCUGUCUUACGACGGCUCUUGUUGUCAAUGAGCUUGAAAAAGGCCUGUCUGGAUUUGUAAACCAAAGUACUUUUUACUUUCUACAUACAUGUAUAAUAUGCACUUAGCAAUUUGCAACAUCAUGGCCUCAUUGUAUUUGCAACAUGUCAUGGCCAUGUUAUAUAAAUGUUUGUAUACACAUAAUUAUAUUUAUGAAGUUUUAAGUGUCAUUUUUGGUAAACCUGUCUUAUAUUUCCACUGGGUUUUGCGUAUGUGUUUUCUAAUAUACAUUUAACUGAGUGUUUUGGGUGAGGGAAAUUCAAUCUUUUUUAAUUUACAUACAUAGAGGAUAACAUUUCAGGUGCUAUAAAUCAUCAAAUCAUCAUAUUAAUAGAAUAUCAUGUUUGUUGUCAUAAAAUAUGAAAUUAAUUACGAGUUUUCUAAAAUUGACAAAAAUGAAUCUCAGCGGGUCUCUAUCAAUUUCAGACAAGUUUAAUACAUUUGGCAUUGAAGGACCAUCAGUGUUUUUGUUCUAUUUAUAUCAUAAAUACGUAUUUGAUGAUUAAUGGCGCUAAAAACAAAAAGCGUCGCACAUUACAAUGCUAUUCAUUUAUGAAGUUACAUCAACAGUUAUAAUGCUAGUUAUAUAUAUAUAUCAAAAAUCUAUAUGGUGGUGAGGUCUUAUUUGACAAUGUUUGGAAUCUAAAGCCGAGAUUUUUUAGUCGCUUUGUGGGUUCACUUUAUAGGCAAAAAUUAAAAUUGGAAAAGAUAAAAUCUUGAUUUUUUUUUAGGAAUACAGAUUGUAUUGAAAUUAUAAAAUGUUCUGAUUAUAAGAUUUUGACUUAUAUUUUCAGACUGGUGGCAAAUAUACUUGAGUAAGAAUACUAGCUAUUAAUGAUAAUUUUUUUUUUUUUAAGAAUUUCAACGACUAAAAUGCCUUGCAAGUACAUGUAGUUUGUUUAUAUUUUGCUGACAGCUUUCAUUCCAAAAAAACGUACCAUUCUGUGCUUGACAUUCCAAACUGGUAGACAUGUGAAACAUCAUUAAUUUUAUUCCCUUAGUUGGACUUCUGGCCCCAAUAACACGAUAACACUUAAGUCAAUUCUCAAUCUUAGUAUCAACUCAUUUUACCAAAUAGCAUCAAAAUUUAUUAAAACUCGUGUAUAUUUUUUUACACCAGUCACCUUUUCAAAAGCGCAUUCUCUCAUAGAAUAUGUUGAUGAAAAAAUUUGGUCAAGAUUCCUAAGAACAAAAUUUCUACAGCAUAAAACGUUAUUGAGUACCGGUACAACUCAAUGUUUUUUAACAAUUACUCAAGUAUAUAUUUCGCUCUAGAAUAAGUUUCUUUGAAAUAUUGACAAAAACAUUUUAUCAUCACAUUCUAUGAGAAAAUAUGGUGUUUAAAAAGAGUAAACCCAUACAUGAUUUUGAAUCAUACUAUUCUUAUACGUGGUAAAAUGAGUUGAGACUGAGAUAAAGAUUUGACUUAAGUAUUUUUGUGAUAUUGGGACCUGUUCAUAGUUAUUCAUAUGAAUAAAUUAAAGCAAAACAUUUCUGCUUCAGCAUGAAGAUUAAAUAUGCAACCAUUACUAAAAAUAAUUAUAAGCAAUACGCUUUCUAAACUCUAUUUCCAAAAAAAAUUGUAUAUUUUCUCAAGGUUUCGUUUUAUUACACUGCUUUUGUAUACAAUAUCAAUAUCAUUAUCAACAUAUGUUAUCUACUUUCAUAUUUGAAAUAAUGAAAUUGAGAACAAUACACAUUUUCUGGACACCAUUCCAUAACAUUAUCUUAGAUAAGUAAUAUGUAUAGUUCACUCUGCAAAUGUUAGAGGGUUCCAAUUUCAGAUUCCAAUUGAAUUCUUAAUGAUACUAAUGGUCUCAUUACAUGUCAACACAUUGUCGUUUUGUAAAAUGUGAUACAGAAAUAGGUCCAAUAUUGCCACCUUAUACAAUAUACUCUACAUGUAAUGAAAUGUUAUAUGUGGUACAUGUUUCAUAUAAUUGUCUAUGUCAUCUAAGAUAAUCUGGUGAUAGUUAUGUCAUAUUAUGUCAUCUCAUAUACAUUAAGAAAUAACUGCUGUUUUGGCAGUACAAAAUGUGCUUAUUCUACUUAAUAUUAAAAUUCCAAUGUCACUGUACGGUUGUGUCACUGUAUGGAAAUGACUCUGUAACAUUAAUUUACUGUAAUGUCACUGUAUGGUUAUGUCACUGUAUGGUAAUGUCACUAUAUGGUAAUGACUCUGUAACAUUAAUUUACUGUAAUGUCACUGUAUGGUAAUGUCACUGUAUGGUAAUGUCACUUUACUGUAACAUCACUUUUCCAUAAAGUCACUCUUCCAUAAAUGACACUGUACCGUAAUAUCACUUUUCAUACGUUGCCAUAAUGUUUGCUUUAAAAAAGGUUAUACAGAUUAGAUUCAUUUUAUCAACACAUGUUUUGUAGGAUCAAAUGUUCAGAUUGAUAUUUCUGAGAAGAUUUAAUAUUUGUUUCGAAAUUACAACUUUAUUGUUUAUUUGAUUUUUCAAGUAAACUUUCAAUUAAAUUGACACUCGCAUCUCAUUUAACUGAAGUCCUUAAUCUUGCAGUAUUUUGUAGCACGCUCGUUUACUAGAUGGACCCAUUAAGUAUGAUCCAUAUUGCUGUCGAGGGUAUAUGUUUUUGGACGUCGUUUAAGGAGCUGAUGAGGCUUUGUACUUAUUUGUAAUAACUAUAAACUUAAAGAGAGUAGAUAUUCAUUUAUAUGAAUUUAUAUUUAGAAAGUGAUUUAUAUAUUGAUUUUAUUUUGAAUUAAUUAACAUAUGUACUUUAUACGUAAUUUGGGUUGUCUUUUAAUUACAGCUUUCAAAUGGAAUUAUUUUUUGAAAAUCUUUCAAUAUUAUAUAUAAUUAAUUUUAUCUAAUAUAAUUUUACUUUGCGAUAUCCAUAGAUGGUUUUUGACUUGUGUCCUUAUAUGGAUAUGAUAUUUUUCUAGCAAAAAAGGUUGUUUUGUGCAAUUUUGCAUAUGUACGAAUUAUUACUUGUAUUUGAUUUGUUAUAAUAUUUUGACCAACACGUUAACUGUUUUGUAUAGUGACAGUGCCAUGUAUAUUGUGUAGGAACUCUGGGCCAGUAUUCAUAAAAAAACAUCUUAAGUUAUUUCCUAAAUUAAGUAAUUUUCCUUAUUUAAAGCUGCACUCUUACGUAUUGUCAGUUUUAAGACUUUUAAAUUGUCUCAGAAUUAGCUGGUUUUGGUAUAAAUACCUUCAAUUCAGUCAUAUUACAACAUAAUAAAUCUCAAUUGUUCAGUAAACUGCUGAAAAUCUCUUUUUUUAAUGCUUUCGUAACGCUUUUAACCAUAAAAGAUCAGUUUUUCAAACAUUGAUAUGAAAAACAUGGAUCAAAUCUUUUGUCAGCUGCAUAAGUCUUAUAUCACUGGUUUAUGCAAAAAUUGGCUCAUUCAAAGACAAAAAAUAAAGAAGUUGUCAAAAAAGUCAAUCUAAUCUGUGAGGGUGCAGCUUUUCUACUUCUUUAAAUUGACAAUUAUUAAAAAAAUACUGAAGAAAUGAAAUAACUUAAGACAGGCCCUGUGUUACAAAUAGAGUUGAAUCUCAAGUCACCAUAAUAUAUGUCAUAGGACAAGAUAUAUGUGCAGUAGGGAUGGGAAUACAUUCAAGUGUUACACAUUUUACCUCAACACAUUUUUUCAUACUCUGACAUCAUUUAUAACAGCAUUGGAAAUAAAGAAUUGAAAUUAGGACAAUAUAAAUAAAUUGCUAGAUUUUCACCAAUUUUUUUAAUUGGGCUGAGGGUGACAUUUUAUUUUUUGUUUUUCAUUUUUCUUACAUGACUGUUUCACCAUUGAAUAAGUAUGUGUUCAUGCUCUUUCUUAUCGCACAAGGGACCAUAAAGAUGUGUUCCUCGAUGAACCACCAUAGUUCAACAUUUUUAUUUGAGUCAAUAAAAUUUAAGGGGCAAGGGGAAAAAAGGGGGGCGGACAGGGAUGAAAAUUUAGCAAAUAAUUUAUAGUUGCCUCAUGAAAGAUUGUCUUAAAUUGUCGUUUGAAAUGUGUGUAUGAGUUAUUGUUACUAGAUAAUCAGGAGUAUUAUAACCUUACUUGUGCACACUAGCUUUUGCCAGCACAUUGUACUUUCAGCAUUUUUUGUUACUACAAGUUUUACCUGUAGUACACGAGUCUGUUUAUUUUAUAAACAUCACGACAUUUACAGGGAUGUUCAGAGGGCUGUUUUCAAUACUUAGAAGGUAUUAGUCGAUGAAAUUACCUCUGUGUAAUAGUUUCAUUACUAAGUUGAGGAAAUAACAAAAAAUCGAUGUUUUGCCAUUUAUAAUAUUAUACGGAUUAAAAAUAAUUGAAGUUACAACAAAAGUCGGUUAUAAAAGGAUCCUAAAUUAAUCCUGAAGUCAGACUUUACAGCUUGGAACUUCAAACAAUUAUGUAAAUGUAAAGUUUGUUUUUUUCCUGGACAUUUGCAUAAAAAUAGUAGAAAGUACAUUGAAAGGGAUAUAAAUGACUUUGAGACAAUUUUAAUAGGGGCCAAAGUCCCUUAACCUUGCUCUGGGCCUGAAACUCUCAUACAAUAUGAAGGAUUCAGGCUCAUAGCUGGGUCAAGGAUUUUUGGAUUUGUAUGGUCCGUUAUUGUUCCAGCAUGAUUUACUUAUUGUUUGAUACAAAUAAGUAAAAUGUAAUGGCAUUAUGUACUUUAUUAUUGAUUAUUUAUAUGCUCUAUUUCCAUAACACAAUGUAUUUUUGAUAAUUGUCUCGAUAAUAUUUUACAUGUAUGCACGUUUUGAAGUAUCUUCGGUACAUCUCUGAUGUAUUUCUGUUUGAUUUGAGAAUUUAUGUCAUUGUUACCAUAUACUUGUUAAUAAACACAUGCUUUAUGCUUAA